AUGUGCGGGCAAUUUCAUCCGAAUAAGAGCACAUCCUUUUACAACGAAGAGCAGCUCUUCAAGGUCGAGUACCUCGAUGACGCCUCUCUCACUGGCUUCGUAGCCAAGGACGUAGUGCAACUGGGCAGCUACUACGUCAACACACGCUUCGGAUGCGUGACCAAGAGCAAGGGACACGACUGGGCGCAGGCAGACGGCAUUCUCGGCAUGGGUUUCCCGGCAGCGGCUCUGCGCAGCGUUCCUUAUCCUUUGUUCUGGGCGCUCACAGACCCAACGAAAGCAGACGAGGACAACAGCAACAUCCUCAUGAAUCGAGUGUUCACCCUUAUGCUCUCGGAGGACCGGGGGGAGCUGGUCUUGGGAGGAUACGACCCAUCUUCAGUGAAGGGCAAGACGGUGACGACAGGGGUGAGGGCCAGCCCGCUCGGCGACGGCACAUCAGCAUUCAUGCACUACAUGAUCGACGUGCAGAGCCUCAAGAUCGGUGAUCACGAGCUCCUGCAGUUUCGGGAUCAGUCCAUCGCCAUCCAGGCCAUCCUUGACUCCGGUACAUCCUGCCUGGUGGUUCCCGACGACACGUUUGAGGGGGGGCUACUUGCAAGCCCCUUCAAGUCCUUCCAGAAGUACUUCGGUGAUCUCGAUGAGCCCACCAUCUACAUCACCAUCGAGGGGCAGACGUUCUCCCUGCCGUACGACGACUACAUGGUGGACGACAAGCCUUGCGUGAUGAAGAUGAAGUCAACUCCUCGAACUUUCCUGCUCGGAGAUGUCUUCUUCCGGAGGAUGGUAGUCGUACAUGACCUCAACGAUCCGAUGCAACCAAAGGUCACGCUUGGCCAACGAGCCCCUGGCUAUCAGCUCACCACUCAGUUCAAGAAGAUUGGGGAUCGCAACCAUGUUCCUCUCGGCAAGAAGAAGGUUCAGAAACCUCAGCCCAUGACCAUCCCGGCGAUUCCCAUCCGUCCUGAGGAGCAGCAGCAGCAGCAGUCUAUCUCCCCUGUGGUUCAAAGCGCAAGUCAGCGUGUCCAACCCAUGAUACCGAGCCCGGGCUCGCAGCAGGUCCAAUAUCAGACCUUCGUGUCUCAUCCCAUGGACGCCGGCCCUGCCUUCCCGCCGCAGCAGGGGAGCUACUCAGCGGCGGGCCAGUACGCUCCUCAGUACGCGAGCCCACAAAUGCCAGCAGAACAGGGAGGCGCGUAUCCUGUACAGAACGGGAUGAUGGUGAGUGAUGAGGAGCCGCCCCUGCACAACCCAUCGCUGGGUGGGCAAAGGAGGCUCCUGGGGUUCACGCACGACGUGGAGAGGAUUCCUAUGACGACGAGCAACUCUUACAUCUACUAUGCCAUCCUUGAGGUUGGAACCCCAAGGCAGAAGGGAAUCCACGUCAUCCUCGAUACUGGCAGCUCUGUCUUCGCCAUCUUCGCGGUGCCGCAUGGUGGACCUUCGCUUCUCGUCAUCUGCCUGCUGGUCGCUGCCUGUAUCCUCGGAGCCACGAGCAUCGGACUCCUGGCCUUAUCUUGGUACCAGGGGACGUAUGAGGAGAUGGAAGAAAGCAUGGAUCCUCUACUGGGACAGCCGGUGGAGGGCAGCCCCCUGUGA